AUGGGUCUAAAUCAAUCUCAAGAACGUCCAGAAUUAAAUGAUCGCGAGCUCGAAUAUAUUCUGUUACAUACAAAUUAUACACAAAAACAAAUUGAUGAUAUUUAUAUUCGUUUUAUGACACACUAUCCAAAAGGUUACUUAACUCGUCAACAAUUUUCACAAUUAUAUUCAAGUGAAUUAAAACAUUUAAAAUAUUCACAACCAAUUAUUGAACGUUUAUUUGAUCAUAUUGAUUCAGAUAAAAAUAAUCAAUUAAAUUUUAAAGAAGUUUUAUUUUUAAAAACAAUUUGUUCAAAGGAUACAACAUUAAAUGAAAAAUUAGAAUGGUUAUUUCUAUUAUAUGAUACCAAUCAUGAUCGACUUAUCGACAUUCGAGAAUUUAUUAAUAUAGGUCGUUUAGCUUAUGUUGUACACGGAAAAUAUCUUAGUCAAUUGAAAGAAGAUGAAUUCAAAUCAUUAUUUAAACAGUACGACAUAGACGAUGAUGACCAUUUAAAUUGUCAAGAAUUUAUUCAGUUAUGUAAACAAUGUAAAGAUAUUCUAGAAAUAAUUGCACCUAUGUUUUCCAACAUAAUAAAUCAACAGAUAAACAAUGAAAAGAAAAAGGAAAAACAAACAUCGUCAACUAAUUAUCCGAUAAACAUUCCACAUGAUCAUUUAGCUUAUUUACAUGAACAUACAACAUUUACAAAUGAUGAAAUAAAACGUUAUUAUUCAACAUUUAUUCGACGAUGUCCAAAAGGUCGUUUAGAUAAACAAGAUUUUGUUCACUUUUAUCGUAAUAUCUUACCAAAACGUCCAAAUGGUGAUGCAGAAUCAUACUGCGAUUUUAUGUUCAAAGCAUUUGACAUUAUUAGUCAUAAUGGAUUUAUUGAAUUUCAUGAAUUUUUACUUGCAAUUUAUGUUCAUAGUAAAGGAACACCACGUGAAAAAUUAGAAUGGAUUUAUAAUGCAUAUGAUCGUGAUUCGGAUGGAUACAUUAAUUACACUGAAAUUAAUCACAUUGUUCAUGCUUUAUUCAUGUUGUAUGGAAUUGAUCGAGAAAAAUUUAGUGUCGCGUAUAAAUCAUACGAAAUUAUGUCUACGUUAGACUUAAAUAAUGAUGAUAAAUUAUCGAAACAAGAAUUUUUAAAUGUGUUAAAAAAUAAACAAUUAACCGAAUUUCUAGCACCAAACUUUUGGAAAAAAGAAAAUAAAACAGGAUAA